AAGUAAAAGCCUUUUAAAGCCCAUAACAAGAUUUUGGUUACUUCUUCUAAGGGUUUCGAGCGAAAUUUCUGAGCAGCGGCGACGAUGGGAGACACCGCCUUGGAGAAGACAGCCGAAGAGCUACGGCAUGAGAUCGAUGAGCUUCACCGUCAACAGCGCGAGAUUACGGAGAGGCUUCGUGACCCUCGUGGACUCCGCCGUGGAGGCUUCUCAAGCGUCGUUCCUCGCAACCAAGGCCGUAGAGGCUUUCCUCGACCUGCGGAGAGGAAUGACGCAGAAGACGAGCCUCCUGCUAAACGGAGAUUGUCUUCCGCCGUUGUUAAGGUCGACGGUGAAGAUGUUAGUAAGGAUGGAGAAUUGCCAGUUGAUGGCAAUGGAACCCAGGUUUUAGUUGGUGAAAACGGGACUUCUGAUCAAAGUGACAAGAAGCUAUCUGUUCAUCAUCGUGGAAGUUGGUCCCAGAGAGAUGCAGAACAACGAGGGACCAAGAAGGGUUUCGAAGCUUUUGCAUUACCGGAGCCUUCACCAAGGGUUUUACCUAAGAAUGAGGAUCCUAAACUGGUUAAUAGGAACAGAAGAAUGCUGGGGAAUCUUCUAGGAACUUUGGAGAAGUUCAGAAAAGAAGAUAAGCAGCGUUCUGGAACAGAUGCAUACGCCCGACGGACUGCAACUCUGCAAAGGGCUGAGGAAAAAGCUCGUGAAGAAAGUGAACGACUGAGGCUGCAGGAGCGUGAAAAUUUGACUGAAAAGAGGAGAAGAGAUCUUACUCUUCGAGCUCGUGUUGCUGCUAAAGCAGAACAAAAGAAGUUGGAAUUGCUUUUCCUUCAGUGGAGUGAGCACCAAAAGAAACUUACCAAUUUUAUAAGGACUAAAGCAGAGCCACAUAUAUACUAUGCACUAGUGAAGCCUUUGGAAGAAGAUACAAGUGAGGUGGAGAAACAGAAAGAGCAGACAUUCUUAGAAUGGAAGGCGGCAAGGAGACAAGAAGUGAGUGAGUAUCAAAAGGAGAUAGAAGAGCAAUGUCUGGGAAAUGUUGAGAAAGAGCUGGAGAGGUGGCAAAACGCACGGAAGGCGAGGAAAUCAAACAACGAGGGUAUGAAUUUGCAGGAAACAAUGGACAAGGAAUUAGAGACACAUAGGAUGGAGCACGGGCCAAAGAAGAGAAAGAUACCUGGAGGAAAUGAAGAGGAAGAAGAUGAAGUAGAGGAUAUCAAUGGUGGAGAGGAUGAAAUGAUAAUGGAUGAUUUGCUGGAGGAGGGAGGAGAUGGAAACAUCAAGGAGGAAGUGGCAACUGAUACAGUAAAAGCAGAAGCAGUGAAGGAAGACAUUAAACCUGAGGUUGUCUAAGUCAUAUAGUAUGUUUGUUCUUGAAAUGUGGUGGAUUUACUUUGCGAGUUAUAAAACUGGUCAAAUCUAUUUUGGAGCGGUGUAAGUUGGAAUUUUAUGGUAAUUUGUAGGAAAGAUUUGCCUUUCUGCUAUAAUUUGUUUUGUUUAUCUA